CUAAACAAUUGACUAAUCUGGACCUGACAGUGGAGCAGGCUGGCAUUGCUAGUUCAGUUGUUAUCCAGAAAUACUAGCUAAGAAUCACAAUCAAGUACUGGACAAGAAUGAUCUAUGAAGUUCGUAAUAUUAAAUUCACAAAUAGAACUGUGAAGAGCAAGCGAGGAGUGGCGCAGGGAGAACAGAACGCUCACAAUCACAAAUACAUGCAUGACUAGAUCAUCGUGGUGCUGACGUGUCUUCCACCCUGUUUGUCCUCUCUCUUACAUCACAUCCCAACGGGCAACAACCACGGUUACUCGCUUCUCUCCUUUUGUCUCUCCUCUGUCUCUUCUGUUUCAACACACUCCUUUCUCUCCCAGUACCUAGGUUUUCUUCGUCUAGCCCCUCCCCUCCCUCAUUUCCUUAAACCUUCAGCUCCCUCCCCACAACAAUUCUCCUUCUUCUCUGCACCAUAUAAAAAAGCUUUAACGCUUAAAAAUCCCAUCUUUUUCACAUUUUUAUUCACAUUUCUUUCAUAGAGGACCCUCAGUUUCAUGGCCAAGACGAAACCUGGCAAAAAGGACCUUGAUUCCUACACUAUCAAAGGCACCAACAAAGUUGUUCGACCUGGUGAUUGCGUGCUGAUGAGACCAUCGGACUCAGAUAAGCCACCAUACGUGGCACGCGUAGAGAAGAUCGAGGCCGAUCAUCGGAACAACGUGAAGGUUCAAGUUCGAUGGUACUAUCGGCCGGAGGAGUCUAUUGGAGGGAGAAGGCAGUUCCAUGGAGCCAAGGAGCUCUUUUUAUCAGACCAUUAUGAUAUGCAAAGUGCCCACACCAUUGAAGGAAAGUGUAUAGUUCACACUUUCAAAAACUAUACUAAGCUUGAAAAUGUUGGUGCUGAAGAUUACUUUUGUAGAUUCGAAUAUAAGGCUGCCACUGGUGGCUUCACUCCGGACCGGGUGGCAGUGUAUUGCAAGUGUGAGAUGCCAUAUAACCCGGAUGACCUCAUGGUGCAAUGCGAGGGAUGCAAGGAUUGGUUUCAUCCCUCCUGCAUGGGUAUGACCAUUGAAGAAGCGAAUAGAUUGGAUCAGUUUUUAUGUUCUGAUUGUUCUUCAGAGGAUGAUGCCAAAAGAUCUUUGAAUGCGAUCCCAGUAUCACCAUCUCUUGAGGCAAAGAAUGAUGGUGAUGAAUAAGAAUAGCAUUAGCAUUUGGAGUUCGAUUUUGAACACGAGAUGAAUUACUUUGAUACUUUGGUGUCCAGUAGGGAAGUGGGAUAUGAUGAUAAUACAAUUCUGUUGUAAGUCUAAAUUUAAUACUGCAUUUGAUGCUUUAUUAACAAUGAGAUAUGGCCAUGUAUUUGAUCUUAUACUUCAAAUUUUUUGGCUUAGGUGGAAUCCAAACGUAGGAAAAGAUAACCGAUACGGCAACUCAGAA